AUGUACAUUGCUCGAAAAUUUCGGAAACUUGAUGAACCAGAUUAUGAAGAAAUGAAUUCGAUUUGGGCUGAAACCAUGAAAGUCCAAGAGCCUUUAGUUGUUUUUCCUGACUUUUUUGAUACAAUUAUCGAAUCUUUCAAAGAAGACAGCGAAAUUUUCAUUUAUACAUGCGAACAUUUUAACAAAUCCGAAAACAUUGUGCCUGCUGAAUUUAACGAGCUUCCAACUCUUACGAAAAUUGCAACAUUUGUUAGCUGUUUCAAAAACAUCUUUACACUCGAUGAAUUGCAUACUUUCUUAUUAGAUCUCAAUAUUUCACUCGAGAGAAUUAAGCAACGUUUCACUCACAAACAAUAUAUCCAAUAUAUUACAAUAAUUCACAUUUAUUCUCGUAUAUUACAAUCAAUUGGCGAAUACGAAGUAACUAAAUAUUCAUUUCCAUUAUCAAAAAUGUUUACACAAGCUUUAAUUCCUCAAGAUAGCAAAAUCUUUACGAGUUUUACUGUUAAUUUCGAAACUAUAUACAUCAGUCCCUGCUUUAUCAUCGAUAAAGAGAAAAACAAAACACCAGCAUUCAUAAAAUUGCUUUCUGAUGGAACAUUUCGAAUUUUUGAUGUUGUUGAGGCAAAUGUCAUCAAUAUCUUGAACCCGUCGAAAUAUACAGUUAUUCAAGACGAUUGCAUUCUUGAAAUUUUCUUAGGAGGAAUUACUCCAGAAUUUUCAAUCGAAUUUCCAAACAAAAGAGCAGCCGAAAUCGUUCUCGGAAUCUACAUUUCAGAUACACCUAUCGGUUUUAAUCAUGUUACUACAUUCCUUAGCUCCAUAUCUUCUCUAAAUAACAUUGAAAAAUUUUUCAAAAAUGUUCAAUAUGUUUUACCUCCUGAAGUAAAUUCGAAUCUCGACCAGAUAAUCUCAUCGAAUGGAUGCCAAUUAUUAUUUUACGCUAUGCUUUUACCCCCAGAAGAAACAAAAAUUUCAGAUAAAAAUGCACUUUUCUUUGUUUCGCUUAUUGGCAACAAGAUCUACCCAUUUUAUCGAUGCAUCAUUGAGAAUAACCUCGAAGAACUACAAUCCAAUAACAUUAUUCUCAGACAAAAUUCAUUAUUAACAACUGUUACGUCCUGCCUUCUCAAAGAGAUCGGAAAGACAUUCCUUGCUAAUAUAGUACUCAAGCUGAACGCGAUUGUUAACAAUACUUCAGCUAAUUUCCAAUCAAAUGAUAUGGAUAUGGAACAAGCCAUUAGUUUCGCUCAAAACGUCUUCCACCCCACAUUCAACGCUAUUGUCAAUAGCGUAUCCUACCUUCCAAACCCCAUCAAGUCCAUUCUAAGAUGCUUUUUCAUCAGAGCUUUGAACCAUUGCGUAAACGAAGUCGGGCCAAUCAUAGUCAUUCCGAACUUGUUCUUACUGAGAUUUGUUUUCCCAGAGUUUACGGCCCAAAAUAAAGAAAACAUGAAAUUCAUCUCAAAAAUUUCUCAGUCAAUUAUGAAUGUUUUCUAUUUCCAUGGAUGGGAAGCUGAUAGAUCACCUCCAGAACUCGUAAAACUUAACGAAAAGUACGUUUAUCCGCUUUUCGCUUCAAUUCCGAAAUUUAUUCAAGAUUUGAUCACAGUUUCGGACAACGACUUACUUGGACCAAUCCCAUGUCCUGGCGACAUCAAGAUCAACCUAAUUGACUACUUUUCACCUGCAGCAGAAAGAUUUACUAGUUUGAAUCUCGAAAGCGCGAAUAGUUAUGUACAAGACAGCUUUGAUUUAGUAUCAAUCACUCAGAUGAUUGAAGAAUCUACAUUCGAUAUCCACGAAUCUUGCGAAGGCGUUGUUUUUGAAUAA